CAGGAGUAUUCCGUCCAUUCCCUUUUAUUUCAUUCCGCUCUCCUUACCAGCAGUGCUGGCACUGCUGAUCCUAUUAAUUCACUGGCACGCUGAGUUCUAGGUUCUAUUUCAUUCCUUGACACCACCAAACCAUUUAUAAUUUCAGCAUAGCCCGGCUAGGUAUUUCGCACACUCCACAAUGUUUAGGAACAUUGACAACACGGGUAGCCGUUACGGUCUGGGUAAGCAGCUGGGCAAGGGAAGCUUCGGCAUUGUUUGCAAAGCACGAAGGGUGUCAGAUGGGAAGCUUAUGGCCUGCAAGAUUGUGAGCAUCUCCCCCGACAACGUAGACCUCACAUUACAGGAGCUCGAGGUCUGGAUAGACGCAGCCGAUCGCUCCAGCCACGUGGCCAAAGUGUACGACGCCGAGUACAGCAAGACGGACAAUGAGGCAUACAUCUACAUGGAGCUAUUCGAAGGCGGCGACGCCCGUGAUUUCGCCAAUGAGCUUACCGGACACCGCGCCAUCAUCCACCCGCUCCUCCUUUCGGUUAUAGCCUACCAGACGGCGCUUGGGCUGAAACAGAUCCACGAGAAAAUGUUCCAGCAUCGCGACCUCAAGCCAGAAAAUAUCCUCAUGACCCGGAAAAUCACCGCAGGGAUGAACAGAGCGCUGUGGGAUCUGGAUAAUCGUGAACGCCCUAACGAGCGCGACUUGGCCGCCGUGUGGAAAAUCGUGCGCGAGCCGCGGCUGGUUGUGCUGGCCGACUUCGGCCUGGCGCGCGACCACAAGGCGCCCAGCAGGAGGGCCGGAAUGGUCACCAAGGUGGCCCUGCCGGGGGGGUUCAACCCGGCCUAUAACGCGCCCGAGAUGGUGAAGAACAACGUCCAGUCGCGGUACGCUGACGUCUUCAGCCUCGGCAUGGUCAUCUACAACCUGGCCACCCUCCACUUCCCUCGGGACGCCUCCGAGCGGGGCGACAUGCCCUCCCGUUAUCCCACUUCGCUGCGGAAGUUGUACCUGCACUGUACCGAGGAGAACCCCAAACGGCGUCCGAUGGCAGAGGACGUGGUGGACGUCCUAGAUGGGAUUGUGGAUGCCGAAUACCAGAGGAUGGCCUCGCCGUAUAAAGCCUGGAUGUAA